GUCUUUCCUUAGUGUUGGGUCGCGGUGGCUGUGAGAGCAGAAGAAAAGGCCAGGCUGAGGGGAAGGAGGAGGGUAAAAAGCUGGGAACUGUGCAGGGGAACCCUGGGCUCGCGGUCCCGGCCGGGUUCCGGGAAGGGAACCUUAGCUGAGUCGGUUGGCAACCUCUGAGCUCCCGGCGUUCCAGGAGCGGUCUCUUUUGUAGGAGUACCUGAAAUGCAGCGUCUGGGGCACUAAGCCGUAGCGGCAACACCUGCCACAGCGACAGCGCUGGGGCCCUGUGUAGAAGCUCCAUCCCCCUUGUCUUUGUGCCUGCCUACGUCCCCAGACUCAGAGGCAGAUUAUCUUAGAAGACUUAGGACUCCAAAAAUGUUUCCCUUGAAGGAUGCUGAAAUGGGAGCCUUUACCUUCUUUGCCUCGGCUCUGCCACAUGAUGUUUGUGGAAGCAAUGGGCUUCCUCUCACACCAAAUUCCAUCAAAAUUUUAGGUCGCUUUCAAAUCCUUAAAACCAUCACCCAUCCCAGACUGUGCCAGUAUGUGGAUAUUUCUAGGGGAAAGCAUGAACGACUAGUGGUUGUGGCUGAACAUUGUGAACGCAGUCUGGAAGACUUGCUUCGAGAAAGGAAACCUGUGAGAAAACCAGAGCCUGGAGAAGGGGUGGAGAAGAAGUACUCACUACAGACUGUUCAACAGUUUUGUGCAUAGCAUUUGAGGUUCUUCAGGGCUUGCAGUAUAUGAACAAACAUGGUAUAGUACACAGGGCAUUGUCUCCUCAUAAUAUCCUGUUGGACCGAAAGGGACAUAUUAAAUUGGCUAAAUUUGGACUUUAUCACAUGACAGCUCAUGGUGAUGAUGUUGAUUUCCCAAUAGGAUAUCCCUCAUACUUGGCCCCUGAGGUAAUUGCACAGGGAAUUUUCAAAACCACUGAUCACAUGUCAAGUAAAAAACCAUUGCCUUCUGGCCCCAAAUCAGAUGUAUGGUCUCUUGGAAUCAUUUUAUUUGAGCUUUGUGUGGGAAGAAAAUUAUUUCAGAGCUUGGAUAUUUCCGAAAGACUAAAAUUUUUGCUUACUUUGGAUUGUGUAGAUGACACUUUAACAGUUUUGGCUGAGGAGCAUGGUUGUCUGGACAUUAUAAAGGAGCUUCCUAAAACUGCGAUAGAUCUUUUGAAGAAAUGUCUCACCUUCCAUCCUUCUAAGAGGCUAACCCCAGAUGAAUUAAUGAAGGACAAAGUUUUCAGUGAGGUGUCACCUUUAUAUACCCACUUUACCAAACCUGCCAGUCUGUUUUCAUCUUCUCUGAGAUGUGCUGAUUUAACUCUGCCUGAGGAUAUCAGUCAGUUGUGUAAAGAUAUAACCAAUGAUUACCUGGCAGAAAGAUCUAUUGAAGAAGUUUAUUACCUUUGGUGUUUGGCUGGAGGUGACUUGGAGAAAGAGCUUGUCAACAAGGAAAUCAUUCGAUCUAAACCACCUAUCUGCACACUCCCCAAUUUUCUCUUUGAGGAUGGUGAAAGCUUUGGACAAGGUCGAGAUAGAAGCUCACUUUUAGAUGAUACCACUGUGACAUUGUCAUUAUGCCAGCUAAGAAAUAGAUUGAAAGAUGUUGGUGGAGAAGCAUUUUACCCAUUACUUGAAGAUGACCAGUCUAAUUUACCUCAUUCAAACAGCAAUAAUGAGUUGUCUGCAGCUGCCACUCUCCCUUUAAUCAUCAGAGAGAAGGACACAGAGUACCAACUAAACAGAAUUAUUCUCUUUGACAGGCUGCUAAAGGCUUAUCCAUAUAAAAAAAACCAAAUCUGGAAAGAAGCAAGAGUUGACAUUCCUCCUCUUAUGAGAGGUUUAACCUGGGCUGCUCUUCUGGGAGUUGAGGGAGCUAUUCAUGCCAAGUACGACGCAAUUGAUAAAGACACUCCAAUUCCUACAGAUAGACAAAUUGAAGUGGAUAUUCCUCGCUGUCAUCAGUACGAUGAACUGUUAUCAUCACCAGAAGGUCAUGCAAAAUUUAGGCGUGUAUUAAAAGCCUGGGUAGUGUCUCAUCCUGAUCUUGUGUAUUGGCAAGGUCUUGACUCACUUUGUGCUCCAUUCCUUUAUCUAAACUUCAAUAAUGAAGCCUUGGCUUAUGCGUGUAUGUCUGCUUUUAUUCCCAAAUAUCUGUAUAACUUCUUCUUAAAAGACAACUCACAUGUAAUACAAGAGUAUCUGACUGUCUUCUCUCAGAUGAUUGCAUUUCAUGAUCCAGAGCUGAGUAAUCAUCUCAAUGAGAUUGGCUUCAUUCCAGAUCUCUAUGCCAUCCCUUGGUUUCUCACCAUGUUUACUCAUGUAUUUCCACUACACAAAAUUUUCCACCUCUGGGAUACCUUACUGCUUGGGAAUUCCUCUUUCCCAUUCUGUAUUGGAGUAGCAAUUCUUCAGCAGCUGCGGGACCGGCUUUUGGCUAAUGGCUUUAAUGAGUGCAUUCUUCUCUUCUCCGAUUUACCAGGGACAUGGAUGAAUCUGGAGAACAUCAUUCUCAGCAAACUGACGCAAGAACAGAAAAUGAAACACCGCAUAUUCUCACUUAUAGAAAUUGACAUUGAACGCUGUGUAAGAGAAUCAAUCAACCUGUUUUGUUGGACUCCUAAAAGUGCUACUUACAGACAGCAUGCUCAGCCUCCAAAGCCAACUUCUGACAGCAGUGGAGUCAGAAGUUCAGCUCCUUAUUUCUCUUCUGAGUGUCCAGAUCCUCCAAAGACAGAUCUGUCAAGAGAAUCCAUCCCAUUAAAUGACCUAAAAUCAGAAGUAUCACCACGGAUUUCAGCAGAGGACCUGAUUGACUUGUGUGAGCUCACAGUGACAGGCCACUUCAAAACACCUACCAAGAAAACAAAGUCCAGUAAACCGAAGCUCCUGGUGGUUGACAUCCGGAAUAGUGAAGACUUUAUUCGUGGUCACAUUUCAGGAAGCAUCAACAUUCCGUUUAGUGCUGCAUUCACUGCAGAAGGGGUGCUUACCCAGGGCCCUUAUACUGCUAUGCUCCAGAACUUCAAAGGGAAGGUCAUUGUCAUCGUGGGGCAUGUGGCAAAGCACACUGCUGAGUUUGCAGCUCACCUUGUGAAAAUGAAAUAUCCAAGAAUCUGUAUUCUAGAUGGUGGUAUUAAUAAAAUCAAACCAACAGGCCUCCUCACCGUCCCAUCUCCUCAAAUAUGAAGAACCAACAGUGUGACUGCCGAGGGUCAACAUUGCAUCAGCACCAACACCACAGUUCUUCAUAUCCAUGCCACUCUCAGACAAAACUAGAUGUCCAGAUUGUUGCAUUUCCAUAAAGUUUGUCACGAGACAUUUUUUAAAAAUCUCAUAACCUACAUGUUCAGCUAUCCAGGCAAGAAACUUGACUGCACAUGUAUUGCUAAAGAAUUUUAAUAGUGAAAUCUGAUCAUGUAUUUUUACCACACUACCACAUAAAACCCAAGGAAUUCAGCUAAGACAGAUUUAGCAUUAUCAAGAAAUCCCAGUUGCCCUGAAGAAGCUGUCCUCCAUGGUACUGAACAGUUCUACUGAUUGUAUUAUUUAGAAACAUACACUGAAUGUGGGCUGAAAUCAUCAUCUUUCCAUGAUAAUGAAAAUUGAGAAACUAUUCACAAUACAUUCCUUAUAAAUAAAUGCUACAUUUAGUAACUUAUUUCACCCAUAAAAGGGGUGUGCAUGUAUAUGUGUGCGUGUGCAUGUGUGUGUGUGUGUUUAGAGGAAGUAGAGUUUGACCCAUUGCACAAGUGGUAAUAUUUACUCCCAGAAAAAUGAAAUUUAGAAACCAUUAAUAUUUGAUAUAAUAUUUGGUCAGUUCCUAUAGCAAACAAGAAUGGCUUCAAAAAAUUUUUUUAGUUUCUUUAUCACAUGAAAGUCUGUAUAGUCAGUCCAGGACUAGUGUACUGGUUUCCUGAUCAUUAAGAACUCAUUAUCUUCUCUCAUUGCCCAAUCUCAAUACAUGACAUCCAUCUCAUGGAUGAAAAUGGCUCCUGAGCGUCUACCAUCACAUCUGCUAUCUAGAAGGAAGAGAAUGAGAGAAGUAGGAAGGGGAUAAAGAGAAAGGAAGGGAUGAAAUAUGGAGGAAGAAAAGAAAUGAAAAAAAAAGGGAAGCAUGCGCCUUCCCUUUAAGGUCACAAACCAGAAGUUGCACACAUUACCUCUGCUUUCAUAUUAUUGGCCAGAACGUAGGCACCUGGCCACACCUAGCUUUAAGGAAAACUGGAAGUAUAGUCUUUGGCUGGUUGACCAUUUCCCCAGCUAAAAAAAAAUAUUACUGUAUGGAAAGAAGAGAGAACAUAUUGAGGUACAGCUAGCAACCUCUGCCUCUGCCACAUUAUUUGAAAAAUUAAGUACUAUACUUCAUUCAAUCUAAGACAUCUCACAAUUUUAGGUACCACAAUUUUAGGUCCACUUCUUGGACCCCCUGGAAAACCUGCCACUCCCACUGGGACGGUAAAGCCUGUAGGUGUGGAGCCAGGACAGCCGGCCAGCUGUGUCAUUCACCCAGGAGCCCUGGAUCCUGGCGCAGAAGAGUCACAGAACUGCCUGUGCUGGGCCCGGCCCCAUAAAGCCCUGGUUUAAAGCAAAAAAAAAAAAAAGAAAGAAAAAAAUGCAACCAAAUGAAUUGUGACACAUUGUCAGUUAAAAAACACAUUCCCUGGGAGGCCAGGGUCAGAAGUUUGAGACCAGCCUGGCCAACAUGGAAAAACCAUGUCUACUAAGAACACAAACAUUAGCUAGACAUAGUGGCACACGUCUGUGGUCCCAGCUACUCAGGAGGCAGACUCAGGAGAAUCACUUGAACCCAAGAGGCAGAGGUUGCAGUGAGCUGAGAUAGGCCUGGAUAACAGAGUGAGACUCUGUCUCAAAAAAAAAAAGAAAAAUCCCAUUUCAGAAAUCUGAAAAAAUAUGCAUCUUUUAAUUAUUGAACUAUAGCACAUCCUUUAACUAUCUUCAAUUUUUUUUUAGCUAAAAAGUGUUACUCAUCUAUAACUUAUAUUCCACUUCAAUGUUAAGACUACCUAGACAGAGCCUCAAUUCAACUUUCUGGGCCCUGGUUUUGUUGUGGUUGCUAAUUGUUUAUUUUUUUUUCUUUUCAUCUACUUUUUAAAUUGAGAUAUACUUUACUUAGCAUAAAAUUCAUCCUUUUAAAAUGUAAAAUUCAGUCAUUUUUAGUGUAUUCACAAAGUUGUUCAAUCACUAUUAUCCAUAAUACUUUCAUUGUAUGCAAUUCUCUACCUAAUUAGCAGAUAUUCCCCAUUAACACCUUCCAAGGUCUUUGAUAAAUUUUGAUAUGUGGAGUAAGGGGUCCAGCUUCAUUCUUGCAUGUGAGUAUUCAGUUGUCCCAGGGCCCAUGCUGUUUUCUUUGUUUUAUGCAAUUUGGCCAUUCACCAAUGUGUUUUGAAUACCUGCUAUGUCCGAGACACUAAUAUAAUCCAAAGUUCUAUCAUUUUGUGAUCCUUACGUAGUUUACAAAGAAAAAAGUGUGAGAAUUAAUGGGAACAAAUAUUUACCCUGAUUUCUCUAACAUUGCUUUUGGGCCAUCAUCUACUCUGCUUAGAGAAAUAUCAUAAAAUCCUCCUGUCCUAGCAGUUACAAUUAUUUUCCUUCAAUCUUUGAUGACUUUGACUUCAUAAUCAGAAUGCAGCACUGAUGAUCAUUCUGAGUCUUAACUUUGCCUUACUGAGAAAGCAGAGAAGAGAGGGAUGGAAGGGCAGUUGAUUUGAGUUGAGUAAGAUGGUAGCUAGUAGGAGAGGAUGAAGACCUUGUCAGGAGAACUGUGUAAAAAGAUAAUAGUCGGAACCCUCUGUCAUGAUUGUGCAUUUCAUCUUUCUUAAAACUUGACACAUUUAGGCUUAUUCCAGUAAAUUGAAGUUUUUUUAAACAUGCAAAUUAUAAUAUUUAAUAUUCUCAACAGUAAAGUAAGAAAGCACACUAUCACUGCUGCCAUGUUUAUACAUAGAGCAUAUUAUUUCAUGGUGGAUGAUACCAGCAAAGUUGACCUCAACAACGAUUUGUUAGAUUACACGUAUAUAACCCAGGAGUUAUUUGAGGUUUUUUUUGCUAUAUUAUUGACUCCUGAACAGUCAUUAUCAGCACUGUUUCUGGCUCUACCUGGAGUGCCAUAACUACCACCACCAGCCCACACAGAUACACACUCACACACAUAUACAAACUCACAUACACAAACAUACUUAUUAAUCCUUGAUAAUCUAGCAACAACAGUGUACCUCUUCCAGUCUUCUCUGGCUUCCCCAUGUUUCAUUAGAGCCUCGAAUCUACCAAAGCAUUCCAUUCAUACUUAUGAUAGAUUUAUUACAUCAUUUUACAAUUAUUUAUUUACAUUUAGGCCCCUAUUAAAUAUGAGCUCCUUAAGGUCAGGAGCUAUAAUUUAUACCUUUUGCUACUUUCAUCAACCUACUACAUUGAAUAUGUGCAAUUAAUACUAAAUUGAAUAUCAAUUUUAGAAUUGAUUUGAAGGGAGAAAAAUAAAAAUAACCUGUGGUAAUUUUUUUCAACUGCCAAACUUAUCUGGUACCUGAUGGUAAAGAAAUAAAUUGAAACCUCUAUUUGUGGAGUAUAGAAAGGAUCUCUAAAGUUCCAUCCAGCUCUAAAAUUUAAUAAUUCUGGAAGUUGGAGUAAGUAACUUCCAAAAUAAGCUAAGCUAAUUGGAUCCUCUUUUUAAAAUAUGGAAAUGUUAGAUUCAAAAAGCAUAUUAAAUAUAACUAACUAAUGUUUAACCAAUUUUUAUUGGAAAUGAAAAGGACCUGAAAGGCACAGCUUUUAGGCCCGUAGGAUAUCCAUUAUCAAUAUAAGCCCUAGGAACUCGAGGUUUAACAUGUAUAUAGGAAUAGAAGACAUAAUUUUGGACCUUCUGGGUGAGAGUUCUUAUAAAGACAUCUUUAUGAAGUGGCAGUCUUAAGGAACUCUGCUCCAUGAAAUGACAAGACAUAACUUCCCGCCAAAUUAGGGAAGCUACAGAGGAGACUGUCAUUGGCCUGGUUAUUCUCCAUGAAGGAAGAAAAAUCUGUUACAGACAGAUGGAGUUGUUCAAUGGAAAGUCUGGGGUAAGUUCCUGAUGGAGAACAGGCUUUAGUGCACUUCAAAGGAAAACAAUGAAUUGUAUAACACUUUUAAAGGACACAAUGGUACCAGAUUUUUGUUUAACUCCUUUGCUUUCCUCCUCCAAAUAGUUGCCAAAAAAUAUUCCACUGGGAAACAGUAUCAAAGGGAUUCCAUAGUAUCUCCAAAGAAUCUUAUUCACUAGUCUCAUUUAAUAAAAUCCACUAGAAAGAAAGAAGACUGCUGCCUUUAAUAGAAAGAUAGGGUUGGCACUGUUGAUAAUCUAGCAACAACGCUGCUGUUGGCACUGUUGAUAACCUAGCAACUCAUUCCAUCAGUUGUAACUAGUAAUCCCACUGUUAUACGUGCUGAGCCAAUAUUCAGUUAUUAUUUACCAAAUAAUGGUUUUUUUCAACAUUUAUUAAAUCAGAGUGGAAGCAAAAUAUGUGAUAAAUUUUAGUUUGGAUGUUCAAUGUCAAGACCAAAUAUUCUUUAUAACUACAAACUUAAAUUUUAUGUGGAAAAGUAAUGAUGAAGAGUUUCAAACCUUAACUGAUACCUGACACUUAACAGGAUAUGUAAAUGCUCACACACAACCUUUAGGUUUUGUAAUCCAGUUUUAUCUCAUACAAUAUUAGAAACAGUACACUUUGUAAAUAGCUAUUUUAAAAGCUAGCCAUAUUUUUUAAAGUCACAUGUAUUGACUUCUGAGUAAUUUUCUUGUUAAUGCCUUAUAAUAGGUGCUUGUAACAUGAAAACUAAACUUGGAUCUUGGUAUAUUCAGUAUUCUAUAGAUAGAUUGUGAUAUGCGUAGCUUCUACUGUGACUUUCAGACCUAAUGUCUCCUCUUAGGUUGUUAUUCUUUAAUAUCCUUUCUCAUUCCUUUCAGGGGGCCUAUUUUUAGUUUGCAUUGUUUGCAGCAUUUCGGUAAUACUGUUCUAUUCUAAUAAUAUUGUUCUGCGCUAAUAAACAUUUCUAAAUACUGU